AUGCUUUGCCUACAGUUCAUUCUAUUCAUUGUAUACACAAUUGGUUUGCAGUUCAUUUAUGCGGUUGAUGCUGAACACCUCUCCAGUCCUCCGUCUGAUGACUUGAAAUGUGAAGUAUGCGAAGGCUUAGUCAACAUAGGAAAGUUAUACCUCUUAUCUCCAAAGGUCACUAGAAUACUUGACAAUUUCAUUUGGAAAUUUUGCAGGUUACCAGGAAUUGUUACGAAAAGAUGUAUCCCUUGGGCACAAGAUAUUCUGAAUAGAAGCUUCUACAAUGUUUUAAAAACUGACUCUGCUCUAGUUUGUGAAUACGCUUUUCUUUGCUGA